AUGCUUCGAACAACGCUGCGCACUCGGCUAUGGCCAUCCUUGCGCGCCAAACGAUUCGUGUCCUCGGUUCCUCUGGUUCGUAUCGAGAAUGGAACCUUUUACAAGCAGUACCCGACGGAGCAAAAUGAUACCUCGAACCCGCCCAUGUACCGAAACCUCGAUUUCACCAUCCCCUCCGGUCCUGUACCUCCAUUGAAGGGUGCAGAGCCUGCACAGCAACAUUGGGCAGUAGUUGGCCCUUCGGACCGAACUGAACUACUUAACAUUCUGCGUGGCCAGCACAUCUCCAUCCCGCCCACAGCACGGUCGUAUCCUUACCUCCUCACCGAUGAAAUCGCCGCGAAGGACCCCCGGUUACGAGUUGUCGGGAAUGCAAUUCAAUACAUUGGAUUCAGUGGUGAAGGGUCCGGAGCCAUUGGUGGCACCCGAGGUGCAUACCUGAGUGCUCGCUAUGAGAGUCUCCGCGAAGAGACGGAUUGGACCGUGGAGCAAUUCCUGCGAGGACAAACCUCACUCAACCCCAUAGAAGGAGAAGAGAAAGGCACGGUGUAUGAUGAGCCGCUACUGCGGCAAGUGAUCACCGACCUGCACCUGACGAAGUUGCUGGAUAUGCCGGUCGCAAAUCUUAGCAACGGUCAGACUCGGCGCGCACGUAUUGCGAAAGCUCUGUUGAGAAAGCCAGAGCUGCUGCUCCUCGAUGAACCUUUCAUGGGGCUGGAUCCUGCCACUGUCCGGAGCAUCAGUGAUCUUCUAUUCCAGCUGGCUCAGAAAUCCUCGCCGCGGCUCGUUCUGGCCCUUCGCCCACAGGAUGCGGUGCCUGAGUGGAUCACACACAUGAUCAUGGUAGGCAACUCCAACCAGAUAAUUCUACAGGGCUUGCGCUCGGAGAUUGUCCCAAAAAUGAAAGCCUGGAAACAUGUGGCGAUGGGAACGAAAAUGCGUGGGCCGGCUAGUUGCGAUUUGCUAGAGGCUCGCGCUCUGUUGAAGUCUGGUGUUCUUGACGAACAACUACUCCGAGACUUCUCCAACAGCCGGCAUGAGAGCCGUGUGAAAGGUCAUGCGUCUUUCCCCGCAGGAGAACCGCUGAUCGAGAUGGACGGGGUGCGUGUACAGUACGGCGACAAGGUGGUCCUUGGUGACUGGAAACAGACAGUGGAUGAUAGGAUACAAGAAGGAUUGCACUGGACGGUGCGUCGAGGCCAGCGCUGGGCAAUUCUCGGCGCCAACGGCUCGGGCAAGACGACGCUGCUGUCACUCAUUACUUCGGACCACCCCCAGACAUACGCCCUUCCAAUCAAACUGUUUGGACGGUCUCGUCUUCCUGAAGUGGGCAAGCCUGCUAUCUCGAUCUUCGAGCUUCAGUCUCGGCUUGGACAUUCGUCUCCUGAGAUCCAUGCAUUCUUCCCACGUCAGUUGUCGGUGCGUCAAUGCCUGGAGUCAGCAUUUGCAGAGACUUUCUUGUCGAAACCGAAGAUUUUCCACGAAAAUGACUUAGAAAUCGACGCCUUCCUUCGCUGUUUCAAGCCAGAGCUCGAUCCAAAUUACUCGCAGAAGAAGGGCAGCCCUCCCACUGUGGGCCACUCCGAAAACUUCCCCAAACUUCCCGGAGUGAGACCCAAUUCACAAUUUCUCCCACCCGACCAUGAUGUGGAGUACGCCGACGAUGUUCGAUUCGGGCAACUGAAUACCGCGCAGCAACGCAUUGUAUUGUUCUUGCGUGCCCUAAUUCACAAGCCGGAUAUUGUGAUCUUGGACGAGCCCUUCUCGGGGUUGACUGCUUCCCAACGUGACAAAUGUUUGGCAUUCCUUGAAUACGGCGAGGGUCUAUCUAUGUUCAAGAAAAGUAGCAAGUAUUUGUUCCAAGGUCUGUCAGAUGAUCAAGCUUUGGUUCUCAUCAGCCAUGUCAAGGAGGAAAUCCCUGACAGUGUCCGGUAUUAUAUGAGACUGCCAUCUGAAACCGACGACUCCGAGGCCUUGGAUUUCCGGUUUGGCAUGCUCAAGUCCUUGAGCCGUAUGAGUGACCCCGAGGUUUGGGCCACAGCUUGGGCUCCAUCGAAUCGGUUUGAGCUGACCAGUAGACGAACAUGGCGGAAGGACAAGGAAGAUCUCGAAGUGACCGACAUCUCUAAGUACGAGUGGUACUCGAUCUAG